CGCCACGUUCGUGGUCACUUCCUGCUCUGCCUUUCCAGGAAGGAAAAUGUCUGUACGUGGUGGUGCUGAUGGCCAUGUACUGGUGCACGGAGGCGCUCCCUCUGGCGGUCACGGCCAUGCUCCCCGUCUGCCUUUUCCCAACACUGGGAAUUCUGCCGUCCAAGUCCCUGUGCCCUCAGUACUUCCUGGAGACCAACUUCCUGUUCCUCAGCGGCCUGAUCAUGGCGUCGUCCAUCGAGGAGUGGGGUCUGCACCGUAGGAUCGCCCUGAAGGUCCUCAGUAUCGUUGGAGUCAAACCCGCCUGGCUCAUCCUGGGGAUGAUGAUGACGUCGUCCUUCCUGUCCAUGUGGCUCAGCAACACGGCCACGACGGCCAUGAUGCUUCCCAUCGCUAACGCCAUUCUGGAGAGUCUGUUUGGAGACCUGGAGACGCUGAAGAAAAUGUCCAAGUCUGCGAACCAUCCCGACAACGAAGCCGUGGAUGGUAGGUACAAUAUACAUACAUAU